GUGCAACUCUGUAAGAAAUAAAAACAAUAAUAUUUAUGUUCAUUUGGUUACUAAAUUACACUGAGGCAACCUAAAGAAAUAUAUAUAACGAUGGCAUCGAAGAGAAAACAGAAUUUUGGCUUAGCUGAUGGUGAAAUAUUUAAAAAGAAACACACACUCGACUCCGAUGAAGAGGACUCGGAUGACUACGAGCGUGACAAUCUGAACGAUAGCGACAUUGAAGGUGGCGAGGAAGGCGUUGGCAAAGUUGAAGAUGAUGUCAAAAUAACGCCAUUCAAUAUGCGCGAGGAGCUGGAAGAGGGUCAUUUCGAUAAGGAUGGACACUAUCAUUGGAACAAAGAAGCGGAAAUUAAGGAUAACUGGUUGGAUAACAUUGACUGGGUUAAGGUAGAGAAAGACAAGAACUACUUUGAUCCAAACAAUGAGGAACAAAACUCGGCCGAUGGUCUCACUGUGAAACCAUUCAAUCUGUUAAUGGCAUUUGGCAAAAUGCUGGAAUUCAUGAAGCCGGGCGAAAGUGUUCAAAUGGCCCUGCAAAGAUUGGGACGCAAGAGGCCAAAGUUAACCACACUCGAAAAGCUGAGACAGAAGAAGGCUGGCAUUGAAAACACGGAAUCGCAACAAAUAUCCAAGUUAACCGAACUGGCGAAUGAGAUUCUUACAAACACCGGUAAUAUGGACAUAUAUCAGGAAACGUACGAGAAGAUUAAGCAAAAGCUUGAAGAUUUGCCAAGCACCAGCAAGCCAGCGGGGGAAUCUUUUGAUAUGUAUGCUGAUGAUUUCGUGGAGAAAGAAUCCAAACUUUUAAAGGAUUCGAAAGAGGACACUGAGCCUAGUACAAAUGAGCUUCAAUGGCAAUUCAAAUGGAAGCAGACUGAUGAGGAAAUUCAGGGCCCAUUCAGUACAGAGAAAAUGUACAAUUGGUCGCAAGGCGAUUACUUUAAGAAUGGCGUCUAUGUGCGCAAAGUUGGAGAAAAUUCUAAUUUUUACUCGAGCAAUAGAAUAGAUUUUGAUUUGUAUUUGUAAACAAUAAAUAUCUCUUAGUACUUGAUUUUGAUAUAUUAAAGAUAAUACUCGAAAAAAUAAACAAAA